ACUUACAUGACGUAUUUCCGCUUCCGCUCUCAGCGUGCAUUAAGCUAAGUUAGUAUUUUACAUGUAUUGGUUACUUUAUUUAUGUGGUGUUUUGUUUGUAGAAAAAAGCAAUCCCACAAAUUACUAAUUUUACAUGGCUACGGAGGGAUGUAAAUAUCCAUUAAGUGUCCUUACCGAGAACGACAACUAAACAACACCUCAUUUGUAACGUUUGCUGGAGUUAGCUAGCUAGCUAGCUCGCUCGCAGCCUGCAGCUACUUCUGCCAUAACAACAACGUUGUUUGAGCAUUUUGAAAAGCGGCACCAUGGCUAAUCUAGAGCAGUGGGUGAAUGACCGUCUCCAUGACAUCCUCGGGUUGAGUGACAGAUAUGUGUCUCAAUUCAUGAUCGGCACUGCACGGAAAGCGUCGAGUCCUCAAGACUUUGUGACUCGUCUCGAGCAGACGGGCACGAUUGACAUCGAACCGAGUGUGGUUGCCUUUGCGCAGGAGCUCUUUGACAAGAUUCCUCGCAAGCAGGUUGUUGAGAAACCAGCCCGUGCGAUGGAACGGGAAGCCAUUGAAAUGGACAGGAAGAAUCGCACGUACACAUUACUGGAGGACAGCGACAGUGAUGGAGACGCUGUGAUAGAGAAGCAGAAAGGGAAAAAGAAAAGCAAGGACAAAGACAGAGGAAAUCGGAGGAAGCACAUCAGACAGAAGAAAGAGAGUGAGUCGUCAAGUGAGGACGAAGCAUCUAAAAGGGGCAGUUCAGGCCAAGGGGAGCACAAGUCUCUCAAUAAGGAAGAGGAAGAGGAAGAGUGGGAGAAGGAAGAACGAGAGCGACAGCAUGACAUUGAAGAGAGAGAUGCGUUUGCCGAGCGAGUGAAGCAGAAAGACAAAGACAAGACCCGCAACAUAACCGAGAGGACUGACAAAAAGGCUUAUGAGGAAGCUCAGAAGAGGCUGAAGAUGGCUGAAGAUGAUCAGAAGAACAUGUUGCCAGAGUUGAGGAAGCGCUCUCGCUGGGAUUAUCUAAAGAAGAGAGAGGCAGAGAAGCUGGAGGACCUGGAGGCAGAGAUCAAAGACGAUGAGUACCUUUUCCAUACAGAUGAGCUGACCGAGAGGGAAAGAAAGGAAUUGGAAUACAAACGCACCCUUCGUGACCUGGCUAAAGAUUACAAAAAGGCUGGUGCCAAGGAACAGGAGGAGAGGAAGAACAGAUACUAUAUGCCAGAAGAGAAGAGAAGCAAGGAGAUGCCGCAGAGGGACCUGGAGCUGGAGGAAACUCCCAUGGAGCUGGGAGGAGAGCAAGGCCGCUGGGAGGAGGAGAGGCUGAAGACGGCCUCCCUCAGCUUCGGUGCCAAGAGGGAGCGAGAGCAAGGGAUGAGGCAGGAGCAGGAGAAGUACCAGCUGAUCCUAGAGGAGGAAGAGAUGAUCGACUUUGUCAGCACUGCCAUGACCAUGAAGGGAACUCGGACGGAAGAGGAGCAGGAGGCCCUGGCUGUGUCCCAGGCGGAGCUGAAGAAACAGUCCAUGCAGGAGGUCCGACGCAGUCUGCCAAUCUUCCCCUACAGAGAGGACCUGCUAGCUGCCAUCCACGAGCACCAGAUCCUGGUCAUUGAGGGCGAGACGGGCUCGGGAAAGACCACCCAGAUCCCGCAGUACCUCCUGGAAGACGGCUACACACAAGGAGGCAUGAAGAUCGGAUGUACACAGCCUCGCAGAGUGGCAGCCAUGUCAGUGGCAGCCAGAGUGGCACAGGAAAUGAGCGUCAAGCUUGGGAAUGAGGUGGGUUAUAGUAUUCGUUUUGAGGACUGCACAUCAGAGAGAACAGUGCUCAAGUACAUGACAGACGGCAUGCUGCUCCGAGAGUUUCUCACCGAGCCCGACCUGGCCAGCUACAGUGUGAUCAUCAUAGAUGAAGCCCACGAGCGAACACUCCACACAGACAUACUCUUUGGUCUGAUCAAAGACAUCGCCAGAUUCAGAUCAGACCUGAAGGUGCUGGUGGCCAGCGCCACUCUGGACACCGAGCGCUUCUCCUGCUUCUUUGACGACGCACCAGUCUUCAGGAUCCCUGGCAGAAGGUUCCCCGUCGAUAUCUUCUACACUAAAGCUCCAGAGGCUGACUACCUGGAAGCCUGCGUGGUGUCGGUGCUACAGAUCCACGUCACCCAGUCUCCUGGAGACGUUCUGGUCUUCCUCACUGGACAGGUAUUGUUUAUAUCGAGCAUGGGAUUCUUCACGACUUUUGUCAAAGGUUUGGACACAAUUGUAAUAGGAGAUUGGUCGUGGUGGUUUCCUUCACCUUAUUUUGUUAGUAAUAUCUGCAUAUGUUCUGUCAAUUUUGGACAAAAUAAUUGCAAGAUAUACUUAUUCACCUCACAAUUUCUUAGCCUGUAUGCAAUGCUCAGUCUUCAAGCCUGGGCAUAUGAGAUGGGCUCGUGUCUGGUCCACUCCUGGUCUGGGGCUCUGGAUGGGGAUCUGUGGUGUGGUGUCUCAUUCCAUUUCAUGGACCAUGUGGUCUUCCUGUGUUCAAAUGAUAACUGUUGUUUUUGCCUUCUCUGUAUAUACCUCUCUGCAUUUUUUAUAUACUUUUAUUUCAAUUUUUUGCCUCCUUCCAGGUACAAGUGUUCGGAGGAAGUGUUGACAAUUGCAGCCAUGCUGUCGGUGAACAACUCUAUUUUCUACCGGCCCAAAGACAAGGUGGUGCACGCCGACAACGCCAGGAUGAACUUUGUGGUGCCAGGGGGAGACCACCUGGUGCUCCUCAACGUGUACACACAGUGGUUGGAGAGUGGUUACUCCACACAGUGGUGCUACGAGAACUUCAUCCAGUUCCGCUCCAUGAGAAGAGCCCGGGACGUCAGGGACCAGCUGGAGGGUCUGAUGGAUCGUAUUGAGGUGGAGGUGGUCAGCUCCCAGGGAGACAGCUUACCCAUUCGCAAGUCGGUGACGGCAGGAUAUUUCUAUCACACGGCGCGACUGAGCAAAGGCGGCUACAAGACAGUGAAGCACCAGCAGACGGUCUACGUUCACCCCAACAGCUCUCUGUUCGAGGAGCAGCCCCGCUGGCUCAUCUACCACGAGCUGGUCUUCACCACCAAGGAGUUCAUGAGACAGGUAAUUGAGAUAGACAGCGGCUGGCUGCUUGAAGUGGCUCCUCACUACUACAAGAGCAAAGAGCUGGAGGACAGCAGCAGCAAGAAGAUGCCCCGCAAGCAAGGAAAAACAAAAGAGGAGCUGGGCUGAAGAAAAGACCGUUGCUCAGGGGACUGAUGGUGAAAAUAAAAAGUGCUGGGGCACACUCCCUUCCUCUCUCAGGGCAGGUUAAAAGUAGAAAAAUGCCUUUUGAUUGUAUAAAAAUAAAGUGGAAAAGUGUGGAAAAUGUAGUUGCAGCUACAUGGUUCUAACCUGUCUUCACAUGUUUGUCUUCAAUUGUUUUCUGCUGUAGCCUGAUAUGGCAUUUUGGAUCAAAUUCAUCUGCAUAGCCUGAACACAGACUCGAAAGACGGGACCAGUGAGAAGUGGGUGAAAAACUCACUGACUGGUUUAAUCUUGAACCAGCCACUUCAGCUUCAACAACGAAACAUUAAUGCACUUGGAGUUUCCUGCAUUACAACAGCAGUACUGACUCACUGGGUGUGUUCUUUAACUCCUUAAAGAACAAGACCAUUGAUUUGGUUUCUAGGUGCUAUGGAACGACCACCAGACUCUUUGUUGACUUUUUCUUUUUAAUUGUGUAUUUGUGAAAGCAGCACACUGUUAAAGUGUGCACAUUACUAAGGAGCCUCUAUGAAGCUGAAAAGACUAAUUUCUACUGCAAUAAAGUUUUACAUCCA